AUGGGUUUGUUCAACCACGACAAUGUUUUCGUUAAUGUUGUUGCAUCUGUGCAAUAUCGAGCCCUUGCAGGCAAAGCAAAUGAUGCCUUUUACGAGCUCAGCAACACAAGGAGUCAGAUCCAGGCCUACGUGUUCGAUGUGAUCAGAGCUAGUGUUCCAAAGCUAAACUUGGAUGACGCUUUUGAGCAGAAGAAUGAAAUUGCCAAAGCUGUCGAAGAUGAACUUGAAAAGGCCAUGUCGGCCUAUGGAUACGAAAUUGUGCAAACCUUGAUCGUUGACAUUGACCCGGAUGAGCGUGUUAAGCGAGCUAUGAAUGAAAUCAAUGCAGCUGCAAGAAUGAGGGUUGCAGCAAACGAGAAGGCUGAAGCGGAGAAAAUUCUGCAAAUCAAGAGAGCUGAAGGCGAGGCCGAGUCCAAGUACCUUUCUGGGCUGGGCAUUGCUCGCCAGCGUCAGGCCAUUGUGGAUGGUUUAAGAGAUAGUGUCCUUGGCUUCUCAGAGAAUGUCCCGGGAACAACUGCAAAGGAUGUCAUGGACAUGGUUCUCGUGACUCAAUACUUUGACACCAUGAAGGAAAUCGGCGCGGCAUCAAAAUCUUCUGCCGUGUUCAUUCCCCAUGGUCCCGGUGCAAUCCGUGAUGUGGCCACCCAGAUCCGUGAUGGUCUUCUCCAAGCGUCGACACAGUGAUUGUGAUAGUAUAAGUCUGUUUUGGCCUCUAAAUAAUUGAGAUAUGAACUGUUCUGUCUCAGCCAGUGUAGAUAUUUGCAUCAGAAUGCUAGAAACUAC